AAGAUAGUCAGAGGCGUAGAACCUUCCUAAGGGGAACGCCUAUCAUUGUCUCGACGUCGUAUAUGCAUUUGUUCACUUGACUGAGGACGUAAACGGCCACAUACGAGCCCGUCACGUCUGUGCUGACGAAGCAGAAUGGAACAUUUAAUUGAUUAACUCGGCUAUUGGAUCGAGUGCAGUCGCAAAUUCGCGUUCGUGAGUGUAACAAACGCAAACUGCGAGUUCAUCUAUUGUCAUCAUGAGAUUACAACAUGAUCGAGCGAGUGCCGUGCAGAUACUCGCGGAAAGUAAUCGAUAAUCGAAUCCAAAUUGUCCAUGAUAGGCGAUCUUCUCAAGAAUUAUUGGUGACACAAGUGUUUCUUAUUCGGUGUCAGUGUGCUGAUGUGUAUACAUACACUUCAUUUUUCAUGUUUCUAUGUUGUAAGAGACACAUCGACAAAUGUAGUGGCAGCGAAUACCUACGAAACUGAAUGUCGCACGAAGACUUUUUGGGCCCGUGGGGCCUACCAAUUGUAAUUGUGAUAGGAGUAGGAAUCAUUUUGAUCGCAUUGCUCCUGUUUGUUUGUUUCCUCACGCCCGGUUGUAUCGGCUAUGAAUGCUUCAAGAAAGAAAGCAAAGAGGACAAGAGCGUGCCUCUGCGAAUAAAGAAUCAAGAAAAAGAAAACUUAAAAUUAAAUGAUGUCAGUUAUAGAUCUUGGAGACUCGGUAGUUUAUAUGAAAAUGACAACGGUACUAUUAGUGAGAAUGCAGAAUCUCAUAGGAAUUCGUUCAAUUCUACCAGUGCUCAGUGCAAGAAUGUGGACUGCUCUUCUACACUAAAUUUGAUUUAUACAGAUAAGCAGAAAAAUGAUAAAAAGAUGAAAGAGUUUCCGACCGAAUUGACAAUGAGUUUGCAAUAUUUACCCCCCUGUGAUGACAUUAUCACUGGAAAACUCGUUAUCGGUAUCGAAGCGCUCUGUGGCCUUCCUCCAAAACAAUACAAUGGUACAUUGGAACCUUACGUUGCAUUGAAUAUUAUGAAGCAAUCAUGGAGUUAUAGCAAGCGACAAAAAUUGCAUAGUUUUAGAACAAGGGGCAUCAGGCAUACUGCCAGUCCGAUCUACAAAGAAACUUUUAUUAUUGCAAACACAAAGCCACAGGAAGCUAAGGAAUGGAUAUUAGAUAUCAUUGCAUAUGAUCAUGACAGAUACGCAAAUCACACAGAAUUGUGCUCGCUUAAGGUAUCGUUGAAAGAUAUGAGAAAAAUUUUUUACAGUCCGGAGAUUCACAUGUUCAAUUAUAAAAUGAAGCCGUGUUAUCAGGAAUUUGGCAGCAUUUUGUUAGCUGUAAGCUAUCUACCCACUGCAGAACGACUGACUAUUAACAUCAUGAAGCUGCGUGACAUCAAAUUUAUACCAGCUGUGUUGAGUUUAAAAGAAUUUAGUAAGUUUAAUGUACUAAAAAUUUAGCGCAAUAUUAUCAAUGUUAAUAUUGUAAGAAAAUUGGAAUUGAUAUAAAGAAAGAAAAGCAAAA